UGUAAGACGAAUGUAGUGAUAAAAGGGAAGAUCACUGGUGAAAACCUCUUAUUGGAAAUUGUGAAAUUCGGCGUAGGGAAUAAAUUAAAAUAUGACAGGAUUGCCACAUUGAGCACUCUACGUGCAACUCUACGUGAAACGAGCCUCUUACGAAGGACGCGCGGCUCUUAAAUUAUCCAGCAUGCCAAGUGUACUUAUUAUUGGCAAUUAUCCCUUCCGUUUUGGGCCGUUUUCUCUCUUUCUGAUCAAUGCGAUUAUAAGUCGCAUCAAAAUUCGAUACGAUGCAAGCAUAUGCACAUGCAAGAAAAAGCUGAUGCAACGCUCACGCAGUUUUUCUAUUUCAAAUAUAUCCAUGUACAACUCAAAUAAAAAUAAGGUCAAUAGAUAAGAAUGAAAAGGACUCACCUGGAACUCACGUGUUGGAGUGCGUUCGUUCAAUGGACCAUAGUCCUGCAUUGCAACACGUGUCAUGUUGUUCAACUGAUAAAUGAACAUAAGAAAACGAGAAACAUUACAUGCAUCAGUAAGAUAUGCGCGAUGAAAAGCAGUACGAGUUAGUCUGUUAUCAACGCUCAUGGCGAUCGGUUGGUCUUGAUUAAAAAGCGUACAUUUCGCGAGAGAAACGAUGGCUAGUGAAUUACAAUUCAACAAUAACAAUUCGGAUAAGUGUGAUCCACGAUACCAGAUCACUCCUGCCAAGACUGAUGUGGAAACUGCCUUAGUAGCAUUUGAUCCGUUUAAGGAACGAAAAUGUGAACAUCCCACAACCGAUGGCGAAACGUUAACGCAUUUACUGAAGGCGUCGUUGGGUACUGGAAUUUUGGCUAUGCCAAUUGCUUUUAGCUAUGCCGGUCUUGUAGGAGGUAUUCUGGCUACUAUUCUAACAGCAAUAGUUUGCACACACUGUGCUUACGUUUUGGUAAAAUGUGCACACACAAUGUACCACAGAACGAAGAAAACGGCCAUGUCUUUCGCAGAGGUAGCCGAAGUUGCACUGGAAAAUGGGCCUCAAUGGGGCCGGAAACUUGCUCCAUUCAUUCGGUCUUGUAUCACGUAUGGUCUGUUCAUAACCUAUUUUGGCACAUGUUCAGUGUACACCGUUAUUAUUGCCACAAACUUUGAACAAGUCAUUGAACACUACACCGGCACUGAUAUAAACUUGCGCGUCAUGAUUGCACUUCUGCUGAUCCCAUUGAUUCUGCUGUCCUGGAUUCCAAACUUGAAAUACCUGGCACCUGUAUCGAUGGUUGCAAACGUGUUUAUGUGCGCAGGGUUGGGAAUUACGUUCUACUAUCUGGUAACGGACAUGCCACCUCUAACCGAACGGCCGAUGUAUGUUUCUGUCCUAAGCUGGCCUUCCUUCUUCGCAAUUGUAAUUUUUGCCAUGGAGGCAAUUGGAGUCGUAAUGCCGUUGGAAAACCAAAUGAAAACGCCACAAAACUUCAUUGGUCUCUGUGGAGUACUGAAUCAAGGAAUGGCUGGUGUUACUCUGAUUUACAUUCUCUUGGGAUUCCUUGGAUACGUGCGCUAUGGCGAUGCAGCACAAGGAAGCAUUACUCUUAAUUUGCCAGUCGAGGAAAUUCCAGCGCAAGCCGUAAAGAUUCUUAUUGCUCUUGCUGUAUACUGCACUUUUGGACUCCAGUUCUACGUUUGCCUUGACAUUGCCUGGGUCGGUAUUAAAGACAAGUUCCAGAAGAGACCUACGCUCGUCAACUAUACAAUGAGGACUAUCCUGGUCACUGCGUCAGUACUGCUUGCCGUUGCCGUACCAACAAUUGGACCUUUCAUUGGAUUGAUUGGAGCUUUCUGUUUCUCUAUUCUUGGUCUGCUUAUCCCGAUUUUGAUCGAAAUUGUAACCUAUUGGGAUCAAGGAUUCGGUAAAUUCAACUGGAUUAUUUGGAAAAAUGUAAUUGUAUGCUUUUUUGGCGUCGUGGCGUUGGUAUUUGGCUCAAAAAGUUCCAUCGAAGACAUCCUCAAGCUAUAUUUUUAAGACAAUCUUUAGAUUUCAACUCAUACCACUGCAUUAUCUAUAUCAGGCAAUGUGAGGCACAAAAUCCGUUCGACAACGAUUGUACUAAUGCUUAUGUGUACUUAUGCAUUCAAGACUUUUUUCGGUAGAUUAAACGAUAAGGCCCAAAUCUAUCUCUUGAUGAGUACUGUCAAGCAGGGUGUUUUACAAAAGAUCUUUAAAUACCUUACGUGCAUUGCAUAAUUGUGAUACAAAUCGAGAAAAGUGCCUAUUUUAAUUCGACUGUGCUAGUUUUUUAAAAACUGCCUAGAAUAAAAUAGUAUCUCUGACUCCUAAAAACAUAAUUGAGGGUUUCGACUAAUGCAAAAACACUAAAUGCUGAACCCACCAUACAAUCCGCGCAGCAAUAGUAUACAAUUAGCAAGCAAAUAUUCAUCUGAAAAUGGCUUAACGUGGAACGUUUUAACUAUUGAAAGCAUUCUUUUUAUAAAAGAAAUGACUAAAUUUCUAUAAAACGUCAACCUUCUGCACCUUACAACAUAAAUGUAACAUGAAAAAUCUGAUGUUUGAAAAUGAAAUUCAAAUAUAAAUUGUAUUAUUUACUCUCAUUUUAUAGCAUUGUAGUAAUUUAGAAUCUUUUUUAAUUUUUAUUUUGCGUAACGCAAGUUUUCAAAAAGGAUCGCUGGAAUUCUAAGUAAAGGAAUUUGAAACUGAAAUUUAUAACCCUUAGUACAUAGCAUUAUCCGAUUAUUCCUUUUGUUUCUCAUGUCUUCAUCAAGCAAAAAAAAAAAGUGUUGAUAAGCGUACUAUAAUAUACAUAAAUAAAACAUGA